AUGGAAGCCAUGUCAGCAAUUACACCUGCUACACAUAGAGGUUCGGUUGUGCAUUCUAGACCUUUGUCGCCAGUUGUAUCGCCAUGUCUGCAAAGACAUUUACAGAAUUCCAUGAGGGUUAUAUCUGAUAUCUUUCUUGUUCUUGAAAUUUCAUCUGAAUCGAGUAAAUUUUCUAUGGUUGUUUCCGGUUUUGCCCUUCCUCUUGUUUACAGACCCAGGCUUCUGUUGUGUGGGAUUGAGGGUGCUGGGCUGGAUCAUUUGGGACCUUCUAUUUUACAUGAACUGGAAAAGUUUCCUGUUCAUGCCCUUGGACUUUCUUCUCUUUUAUCUGAUCUGAGUGCUAAGACACCAGAGGAAGCUUUGGUUCAUGUUUUUGGUGAAGCAAGGAGAACUACACCUUCCAUACUCUAUUUACCUCAAUUUCAUCUUUGGUGGGAAAAUGCACAUGAUCAACUCAGAGCUGUGCUAUUGACUUUAUUGGCAGAAUUGCCAUCAGAUUCCCCCAUAUUACUUCUUGGAACAUCAUUUGUUCAGCUUGAUGAGCUUGAUGGAGAUCCCUCUUCUGUGGAUAAACCAUUAAUGGAGGAUAGAAGUUUGUUUUUUGAUCAUUUGAUUGAAGCUGCUUUUUCGAUACCAUCAGAGGGAGGGGCAAAAAAGUCAAAAAAAUCGGUUGCUGUUCCUGAAUUGAGUACUCUUGAUGAUGCCAAAGAUAGUGAGCAAUCACAGCUUUCGAAUCCUCCAUCCCGUGAUCUUGGUGCUGGUGCUGGAACAAUGUCUGGUAUCCCUCUUAUGGAUGCCAACCCAAAUAGGCUAACAGGGUUGAUGAAAGCGAACAGCUCUGGAGUUAGAAGAGGAAAAGAAAGCUCAAGUUGA